AUGCUUGCUCAACACAUCCUCGUUGCGCUCGUCGCCACCGUCGCUGCCGUCCCCCUUAACAUCAACUUGGGAGCUUACUCGCCUGCCCUGGUAGUCGGUGAUGGUGAAAUCUCGCUGGGAUCAACAGAAUCAGCAUCAGAAUUGAUGGCUACAUUGGCUUCAGGAGCCGCCGCGAAGGCUGGAGGAGAGGGUGCAAAAGGUCAGCAAGAAAAGGUUCCCGCAGCUGGCGGCGAGCAACCUGCGGAACAACCAGCUGAAGGUGCAGCAGCCAAACGAUCCAACCUCCGUCGCGCUAUCAACGACAUCAUUGCCAAGCGUGCUCCCGUCGAUUCCAAGAUGGAAGCCGUUGAGGAGGCCAUGCAGUGGAUCAAGCGCGACCUUGCCGGCUUCAACGCUGCUCUCGGCUACGCCAAGGAGGCCCUCAAGGACCAGCCCAAGGUCGAGCUCGGUACCGAGAACGCCGGUGUUGGUAUCAUUGUCAACCCUGGUGUCAACGUCCCCGCUGGCUCUGCCGCUGCUGGUGGCUCGGGGAAGAAGGAGAAGCGCGAAGAAGUCGUCGAGGAGCAGGAUGCACCCAAGAUGACUCUUGUCGCCAUCACCGAAGUUUAA